GCGUGUCGCCUGACCGGAUGAUGACUGACUGAAGUUUUAUCACUGUAGUUUUCUAUUCCGUCUUUUCUAUUAAUUUAAAUAGCGCGUCACUGUAGCCCUGUUAUUUAGAAUCUAGUUACUGAGCCGAACCCAAAUCUGACAACAAUCACGUUUUAACAGUCGACUUGACUUUUACGCUUUUUCCGUGAAAGGAAACUCCAGUUCGCAAGUGAGAGAGCGCAAAGAUCCGACCCAUUUCUCUCUCGGAGUCUUGUCUCUCUCUCCCUGUCUCUCCGAGAAUCCUGAGUUGAGUCCGCCGGAGAGAAGAGCAGCAGCCAUGGGGAACCGGGGUAUGGAAGACCUUAUUCCCCUCAUCAACAAGCUCCAGGACGCCUUCAGCUGCAUCGGCCAGAGCUGCAACCUGGACCUGCCGCAAAUCGCCGUGGUCGGAGGGCAGAGCGCCGGGAAAAGCUCGGUUCUGGAAAAUUUCGUUGGAAGGGACUUUCUACCCCGGGGCUCUGGUAUCGUGACCCGAAGACCUCUUGUCCUUCAACUGGUCAACAACCAAGCAGAGUAUGCUGAGUUCCUUCAUUGUAAAGGUCGUAAGUUUGUGGACUUUGAUGAGGUGCGUUUGGAGAUUGAGGCCGAGACUGAUCGCAUCACUGGGUCCAAUAAGGGAAUCUCUGCUGUUCCCAUCAACCUCCGAGUCUAUUCCCCUAAUGUGUUAAACCUGACUCUUAUAGAUCUACCAGGGAUGACUAAGGUAGCGGUGGGAGACCAGCCAGUCGACAUCGAGCACCAGAUCAGAGACAUGCUGAUGCAGUUCAUAACUAAAGAAUCCUGUCUGAUCCUGGCUGUGACUCCAGCUAACCAGGAUCUGGCCAACUCUGAUGCUCUCAAGAUUUCUAAGGAGGUCGACCCUCAAGGGUUACGUACCAUCGGAGUGAUCACCAAGCUGGACCUGAUGGACGAGGGGACGGACGCACGGGACAUUCUAGAGAAUAAACUACUGCCGCUACGCAGGGGUUACAUUGGGGUGGUGAAUCGUAGUCAGAAGGAUAUUGACGGCAGGAAGGAUAUUAAAGCAGCUCUGGGUGCAGAGAGGAAGUUCUUCCUGUCUCAUCCAGGAUACAGACACAUAGCCGACCGCAUGGGAACACCACAUCUACAGAAAACACUCAACCAGCAACUGACCAACCACAUCCGGGACACGUUGCCAGGGUUACGUAGUAAGCUCCAGAGCCAGCUUCUAUCUCUGGAGAAAGAGGUGGAGGAAUACAAGAACUUCAAACCAGACGACCCGACACGCAAGACCAAGGCCCUACUGCAGAUGGUUCAGCAGUUUGGUGUAGACUUUGAGAAGCGUAUUGAGGGAUCAGGGGAUCAGGUGGAUACUGCAGAGCUCUCUGGAGGAGCUAGAAUCAACAGGAUCUUCCACGAGAGAUUCCCCUUUGAACUGGUCAAGAUGGAGUUUGAUGAGAAGGAGUUGAGGAGAGAGAUCAGUUAUGCCAUCAAGAACAUCCAUGGAGUGAGAACAGGCCUGUUCACUCCUGACCUCGCCUUUGAGGCCAUAGUGAAAAAGCAGAUCAUUAAACUGAAAGAGCCCUGUCUGAAAUGCGUGGACCUCGUCCUGUCCGAGCUCACCUCCCUCGUCAAGAAGUGUACCGGAAAGCUUGGCUCCUACCCCAGACUGAGAGAAGAGACAGAGAGAAUUGUCACAACCUACGUCAGAGAGAGAGACAUCAAAACCAAAGACCAGGUGCUGCUGUUGAUUGACAUUGAGCUGUCUUACAUCAACACAAAUCAUGAGGACUUCAUUGGCUUCGCAAACGCGCAACAGAGGACCACUGUUACUGCUGCUAUUAACAACAAGAAGAGAGUGAUGCCAAACCAGGUGAUCCGGAGGGGCUGGCUCACUAUCAACAUAAGCAUUAUGAAGGGGGGGUCCAAAGACUACUGGUUCGUCCUGACUGCAGAGUCACUGUCCUGGUACAAGGAUGAGGAGGAGAAAGAGAAGAAGUACAUGCUGCCUCUAGAUAAUCUGAAGCUGAGAGACGUGGAGAAAGGUUUCAUGUCCACAAAACACACAUUCGCCAUCUUCAACACCGAGUCCAGGAACGUGUAUAAGGACCUACGUCAGAUCGAGCUGGCCUGUGACACACAGGAGGAUGUGGACAGCUGGAAGGCUUCGUUCCUCAGGGCUGGAGUUUACCCUGAGAAAGACCAGGUUGACAGUGAGGACACGGGACCAGCAGAAUCCUUCUCUAUGGAUCCCCAGCUGGAGAGGCAGGUUGAGACCAUAAGGAAUCUAGUGGAUUCCUACAUCGGCAUCGUCAACAAGUCCAUCAGGGAUCUAAUGCCCAAGACCAUCAUGCACCUCAUGAUCAACAGCGCUAAAGACUUCAUCCAUUCUGAGUUGUUGGCCUACCUGUAUUCCUGUGGGGACCAGGGCAGUCUGAUGGAGGAGUCAGCUGACCAGGCUCAGAGGAGAGAUGAGAUGUUGAGGAUGUACCAUGCGCUGAAAGAAGCCCUGCUGAUCAUAGGAGACAUCAGUACAACCACAGUGUCAGCACCUGUACCUCCACCUGUAGACGACACCUGGAGGACCAAGGACCCCCAGCCCCCUCCUCAGGCCAGACCAGUCCCGGCCGCUGCCCCCCUCCUAGUCGCCCCCCCCGGCAGCAAGAGGCCCCACCGCCGCCCCUCCCCCUCCAGUCCCCAAAACCCAGCUUUCGGGGCGCCCCUCAUCCCCUCUCGGCCCGGACCCCCACCAGUCAACACCUACAGUGCCGCGGACCCUGUCGUCAAUGUCCCCCUGAUCCCAUCUCGCCCAGCCAGGGUACCCCCGGCCCUGCCCCCCGGCAUACCCAGAAGACCCCCAGCGGCCCCAGGCCGGCCCACCAUCAUACGCCCUUCAGAGCCUUCACUGCUGGACUAGACAGACAGAAAGACAGACAGACAGACAGACAAAAUGAACAAUUACCACUCCUAAUGUCCUUUCACUACAAAGAAACACUUUGCGUAACGUUGAUGUUUUAUUCCCUAACAUGAUUCAAGACUGUCUUUCAUGUAUUCUUUCUUAAUAUUCAUAUUGUCAUGUUGUUGUUAUUUCAUGUAUUCUUUAUAUUAUUAUUUACUAUUUUACUUGUUUUUUCAUUUAAGCAACACUAUGUACUUUUGAUCACAUAGUUUUUUUUUAUAGCUUUGUUACAAUGUUUAAUACCUUCAAUUUUUCAAAGGGAUUGAGAGAGAGAGAGAAAAAUGAAACCUACCUUUUUUUGUUUAACUCUUUAACUUACUUUAAUGAACUUAGUUCAAACCGGUGGAUUAGACAGAAUUUAAAAUCAAACAGUUUUAAAUAAUGUAACAGAUUUUUGUGAAUACCUAGAAUACUUCUUCACAUGGAAGCACUUAUUCCGUUUAAAAAUAAAUAACAAAUACACUCCAUAA